GGCUCAAUGACCUUGCCUAGGCGGGGUGUGAAACCUCUUCAGGUAUGGGGCAAGGAAGGAGCCUCGGAGGCGAUUAAAAGCUGCUCGUAGCAUGGCUUGGGAAAAGUUGUUCCUUAUCGGACCGAUGGAAGUGAAUGCCUGGACGGCUGGCUCCAAUAGCCCUACCGAGAUGUGCGGGGUGAUUCCCGAGAUUAACGUGCGGAUUGCGAGCCAGAAGAUCAAAGGCGAGUGCGUGAUGGCGCGAAGAAGGACGUUUCUCGAGGAACGUCCCUUGGGCAUUGAACCGCCUAGGGAAGUACCGGGUGGAGUAGAGGUUAGCCUGCCGGCGGCAAGUGAAGGCUGGCACCGGGUGGCAGAUUGGGUCGGGGUCGAGCUUGCGGAAAAUAUGGUUUACUUAGCGACGGAAGUUGAGUGGCGUGCGGAUGAGAAUGGGGAAUGGAACCCGGACCCACGAGGGCACGUGUGUGUAGAAGGGCGGUUGUAUGUAUCAGAAAACGGGUGGAGGGAGUUCGGAGUUCGGCUGGCAUCUGGAGAAGACCCGUUGAGCAUGUUUGAGGGGGCAUGGCAGUUAGUAUGGCGAGCGGGGUUUGAGUUCGCAGAUCCGGGGGUUGACGAUGUAACAGCAGACCUUAGGGUAGCCAUGGUCGGGAGUUUCGAAUUGCCUAGUGAAAAUGUACGAAUGAGGUUGCCGCCCUUCCUGCUGGAAAAGCUAGGCGGUUUGGAACUUGUUAGACAAGCAGUAGCCGACCUCGCAAGCCUGACGUAUGAAGAGGCGAUGGUACAUCGAGAAUACUACCGGGCCUUCCUAGAAAUGGGCCCGUUCAGUGGGGAACAAAAGUAUGAGGUGUUGCGCAUCCUGCGCGCUGUGUUUAGCACCAGGCCGAGGGUUCCGGUCGUGGGAAGUGAGGUCCUGUGGGGCGUUGUCCGACGGGAGAUAAACCAAGGAAUGGCGUACGCAGAUGAUCUGUACCGAUUAUAUGAGCAGACGGAGGAGGGGACAAGUCGAUGCCGCGGCGACCCAUGCACCCGCGACCACCCACGGAAAACGGAGGUGGAUGGGAGGUGUCACUCCCAGCAGGCUACGCGAUUCAAGAUUUUGGAUGUCGAAUGGAGAGCCGUGACCCUGGGAAGAGGACAGGCGUUCAUGAUGGUGGAAUGUUUGUGGGAUGAAGGAACACCGAAAACCAGGGAGAAGCAGAGGGAAAGCAAGGAAGGGGAAGGAGCCAGUGCAGCCGGGGAAGCGGGUGGCUCCGUAGACGGUCUCAAGAAAGUAGUCGCCACCCUCAAUAGGACACUGAACAAGAACCAGGGGUAUCUCGCAGAUGCAAAAAAGAAACUCACGUUCGAUGGGGCAAACAUUACGGAGUUUCUAAUAGACUAUGAGAACCUAGCAGCCUUACUGAAAUGGACAGAAGAGGAAAAGAUGGAGCACCUAGGACAGCACGUAUCGCUAAGUUUGGGAAGGGACAUUAUGGCCAUCGUCGCCUCCAGUGGAUCCUGGAAAGAGACCAGGAAUGAGAUGAUGAGGAAAUACCUGAAGGCAGAAAAAAUGGCAACAGAGGCAGAAUUAGCCGCAGUCCAGAGGAAAAACUAUGCGACCUACAAUGAUUUCCUGAGGGCGUUCACGUUAGUGGCUCUGCGAAUUCCCGGGGUAACGGACCGCAUAAUGAGUAAAUACUUCCUCAGACAGUUCUCCGAGUUUGAAAAGGAUAAGAUUUUGUCAGCAUACCAGCAGACCAGUAAGUUCGAAUACACAAGAGAUGUGGAUUUCAGCACCGUAACAGACCUUGCGGAAAAGACAGUGGUUACGGAGACGCUAGCCCUAUUUAAGGAAGGGGAGGUCAUAGAUUUGACCGGGAAGACAGGGGAUAAGGCGCAAGUGUCCAGACCCGCCCUCCCGCCCCAAGAGGCCGUGGUUCCAGCAGCUGUGGCAAACCGGGGAUUUGGCAGGAGGGACCCGGCCAAUGAACAAUAUACAAUAAUGGAAGAACUCGCAGGGACUAGCACGGGCCAGCAAGAGACCGAAGUCGGGGGUCAAGAGAAGGAUUAUGGGAAGCCGAGGGAGGAGGAACCGGUAGACAAGGCUACGGCGGCGAAAAAGAAGUUCAGGUAUCAAAUUUCGAUCCUGACUUCACCAGAAAUCGAUGGCACUUUGAGUAAGCUACUGGGUACCAUGGUAUCGGUGUCUUUUCAGACCAUGCUGCAAGCCAGCCCGAGGCUGCUUAAAGGACUUAGGCAGUUGCUAACGCGUAAGCGCGUAGAGGUAGAGGAGGCCCCGAAACUGCAAGAGCAGGACACGGAAGAGACCGAGGCGCCGCAAGGAGUCUCUAACCUCCAAAGCAUCCCAGAGGGCCUGAAAGAUUUGGAAAAGGCUUUUGCUGACAUUCGUCUGAACCUGCCGGACCGAGAAGGUGGUGAAGUCAUGAGAGCACCGCCUGGCACUAAACUUAGCUUUCACGCACUGCCCGUAGGAAAGCUUAAAAUCCAGAUCGGAACUCACCACACUGACGCGUUAGUGGCUGGUGGAGCAGAAAUCACCCUCAUACGACGAGAUUUCGCAAUAGUCACGGGGUGCACGGUAAACAAGGAAGUAGCGGGGAGUAUCCGGGGAGCCAGUGGCAAAAUCCCUUUCACAGGGUAUGUCACCAAAUGUGCAGUCAGGGCGGGAAUCCGGGAAUCCAUCUGGUCCUUUCAGCGGAUGACCGUGAUGGAAGAAAUGGAUCACGAUGUAAUUCCGGGAGACCAUGGACCAGGCAAGGAAGGAGCCGUAAACAGCAGAAUGGAGUUUGGAAAUGAAAACGACAACAAUGCUAUCAACAGGCCUACGGAGGGACAGCCAUCAAGGCAGGCCGGGGAAUCAAGCUCCAGGAAGAGGAAGUUGUAUGUGGGGUUUGAUCACAAUCUAGUGGUAAACAGAGGAGGGAAAAAGCAGGGGACCAGGGGGCCAUCACCACCAAGGGAGGGGGAGCCGAUAGUCCUCCCCUCUGAAAGCGACACUAGCAGCGAGGAAGAGGGCAACCUAGAGGAGGGACAACGGCCGGGAGAAAAUGACCCAGUGGAGUUCAUCGACCUCACCAGCGAUGAGGACGAAGAUGAAGUGACAAUGCCCACAAGGGAAGAACGCGGAAGAGGGGAGGAGCCGGGAGAGAGGAAGGAUAAAUGGAUAGAGGAGUUCGGGCCUGAGUUCAGUGAUUGGUUUGAUCAAUGGAGCACUAUCCUGCGAUAUCAAUGGAUAAUGAAGGCAAGGGAAAAGCUGGGCAGGGGAGAAGACUUGUCCCCAACAGCCUUCUUCUCAGAAGGAACGCUCCUCCAAUUACAGGCAAUAAAGAGACAAAUGGAGCAGGAAUCGAAGGAUCGCACAAGGAGGGAGGCUCAACGCAGGCCACCUGGACGAUAAAGCCAGAGCAGCCGUAAUGGGAAAUAGCUAGGAAUUGGGAGGGAUUGGUGCCUGGGCAAUUGGAGCUGCCACUUUGAACUUCGCAUUUGAGCUCCUUUUAUGAAUAAACUUUCUAAGCUCGA